AUGUUCCCAUACGUUUGGUUGGUUCUUCUGCUCUUAAAGGAAGAUGGUGUUGGAAAUGUUGGGUUUAUGGUGUUGGCACAAACCAAUGAAAGAAGAGUGGUGGCCUAUAUGCCGGGGGACAUUGUUAUCGGAGCACUGUUUUCUGUUCACCACCAGCCAACUGUUGAGAAGGUUCAUGAAAGAAAAUGUGGAGAGGUUCGGGAACAGUAUGGCAUCCAGAGAGUGGAAGCCAUGCUGCACGCCCUCGACAGAAUCAACGCAGACCCCAAUCUGUUGCCAAACAUAACUCUUGGAUGUGAGAUCCGUGAUUCCUGCUGGCAUUCUGCGGUGGCAUUGGAACAAAGUAUUGAGUUCAUAAGAGACUCUCUUAUUUCAUCUGAAGAAGAAGAAGGUUUAGUCCGUUGUGUUGAUGGUUCCUCGUCUUCUUUCCACUCAAAAAAGCCCAUCGUUGGAGUUAUUGGACCUGGCUCCAGCUCUGUAGCUAUUCAAGUGCAGAAUUUAUUGCAGCUUUUUAAUAUACCUCAAAUUGCUUAUUCGGCAACAAGCAUGGACCUCAGUGACAAAACCCUGUACAAGUAUUUCAUGAGAGUAGUACCUUCGGAUGCCCAACAAGCAAGAGCCAUGGUGGAUAUUGUCAAAAGGUACAACUGGACUUAUGUGUCUGCAGUGCACACCGAAGGUAACUAUGGAGAAAGAGGCAUGGAAGCUUUUAAGGACAUGUCUGCCAAGGAUGGGGUCUGCAUCGCUCACUCCUACAAGAUUUACAGUAAUGCUGGAGAACAGAACUUUGAUAAAUUGUUAAAGAAAUUGCAGAGUAAUCUUCCCAAGGCCAGAGUCGUGGUCUGCUUCUGCGAAGGAAUGACAGUCCGAGGACUUUUAAUGGCAAUGAGGCGUCAGGGCAUAGUUGGGGAGUUCCUUCUUCUAGGCAGUGACGGCUGGGCCGACAGGUACGAUGUGACAGACAGCUAUCAGCGAGAGGCUGCCGGAGGAAUAACCAUCAAACUGCAGUCUCCUGAUGUGAAAUGGUUUGACGAUUAUUACCUGCAGCUACGGCCAGAAACCAAUCUCCGCAAUCCCUGGUUCCAGGAGUUUUGGCAAAACAAGUUCAAGUGCAAAUUGAAAGGAUAUUCACAGGACAACCAAAUCUACAACAAGACCUGCAGCUCUCGACUGGCUUUAUCGUAUCAGUACACUCAGGAUUCCAAAAUGGGAUUUGUUAUUAAUGCGAUAUACGCCAUGGCCUAUGGCCUGCACAGUAUGCAGAUGUCUCUGUGUCCCGGGUAUGCCGGCCUCUGCGACGCUAUGAAGCCGAUAGAUGGACAGAAGCUUCUGGACUUCAUCAUGAAAGCGAAUUUCACAGGUGUAGCCGGUGACAUGAUCAUGUUUGAUGAAAAUGGAGACUCACCUGGAAGGUACGAAAUCAUGAAUUUUAAGAAAAUGGGUAAAGAUUACUUUGAUUACAUCAAUGUUGGAAGCUGGGACAAUGGAGAACUAAAGAUGGACGAUGACGAAAUCUGGUCCAGUAAGAAUUCUGUCAUUAGAUCAGUCUGCAGCGAACCGUGCGCAAAAGGACAAAUAAAGGUAAUUCGGAAAGGAGAGGUGAGCUGCUGCUGGACCUGCACCCCCUGUAAAGAAAAUGAGAUUGUUUUUGAUGAAUACACCUGUAAAGCUUGUGAACUAGGCUCCUGGCCUACUGAUGAUCUCACAGGAUGUAUCCAUAUCCCUGUAGAAUACCUCCGGUGGAGUGACCCUGAGCCAAUAGCAGCUGUAGUCUUCGCAUGUCUUGGUCUUCUUGCCACCAUGUUCGUCACAGCAAUAUUCAUCUUGUAUCGAGAUACUCCUGUAGUGAAGUCAUCGAGCAGAGAACUGUGCUACAUCAUCCUGGCCGGCAUCUGCUUAGGCUACCUGUGCACGUUCUGUCUCAUUGCGAAACCUCAACGGAUUUACUGUUACCUGCAAAGAAUUGGUAUUGGCCUUUCCCCAGCUAUGAGCUAUUCGGCUCUUGUGACCAAAACCAACCGCAUUGCCCGGAUCUUGGCUGGUAGCAAGAAGAAGAUCUGUACCAAAAAGCCUCGAUUCAUGAGUGCCUGCGCACAACUGGUCAUUGCUUUCCUCCUAAUCUGCAUCCAGUUAGGAAUCAUCAUCGCUCUGUUUAUCAUGCAGCCUCCGGAUAUCAUGUUUGAUUACCCAAGCAUUCGAGAAGUCUACUUGAUUUGCAACACCAACAAUAUUGGUGUGGUGACGCCACUUGGCUACAAUGGACUGUUGAUCUUGAGCUGUACCUUUUAUGCAUUCAAGACCAGAAAUGUGCCGGCCAACUUUAACGAGGCAAAGUACAUCGCUUUUACCAUGUACACCACCUGCAUCAUAUGGUUAGCCUUUGUGCCAAUAUAUUUUGGUAGCAACUACAAAAUUAUCACCAUGUGCUUCUCAGUGAGCUUAAGUGCCACAGUAGCGCUCGGUUGUAUGUUUGUGCCUAAAGUGUAUAUCAUCCUUGCAAAACCGGAAAGAAAUGUCCGCAGCGCAUUCACUACCUCCACGGUGGUCCGAAUGCAUGUUGGGGAUGGAAAGUCUUCAUCAGCUGCCAGUCGGUCCAGCAGUUUGGUCAAUUUAUGGAAACGGAGAGGGUCUUCUGGAGAAACAUUAAGCAUUUCAUUUACUCCUGGGCCUACUCACACCUAUUGUCAGCAACCAAUCGGAAUCUCUAAUGGAAAAUCCGUUACUUGGGCACAAAAUGAGAAGAGCAAUCGGGGUCACCAUCUAUGGCAGAGGCUUUCUGUUCAUGUCAAGAAAAAGGAUAGUACAAACCAGACAGCUGUCAUUAAGCCCUUCUCUAAAAGCAGCACAGAAAACAGAUAUAUUAGCACUUCCUUUCCUGACUCCAGUGCCAAAAUGCUGUAUGAUGUUUCUGAAGUUGAGGAGCAUUAUCCAGUACAGUACCGACCACAGACACCUUCUCCAAUCAGCACUGUAAGCCAGAGAGCAACUUCUGUAACCCGGACCGAUGAUGACAUCCCGUCUUUUCAUUCAGAUACUGCCCAACGAAGCGGUUCUUCUCAAGGUUCCUUAAUGGACCAAAUCAGUAAUGUUGUGACCCGAUUCACCGCUAAUAUCAGUGAGCUAAACUCCAUGAUGCUUUCUUCUAACACCCAAGGAACAUUGGUGCCCACCCCUUUAUGUUCUUCCUACCUGAUUCCAAGGGAGAUCCAACUUCCCACAGCUAUGACCACCUUUGCAGAGAUCCAGCCAGCCCCAGCAAUUGAAUUUAACGGUGGGUCACUUACUACCAGAAAGUCCUCUUCUGACAGCGUCAAAGAUAGCACUUCAGAAGCACCAGUAGUAAAGCAAGAUGUUGAGGAGUUGGUGGCAUUAACACCUCCUUCUCCUUUUAGAGACUCCAUUGACUCAGAAAGCACUUCCCCUAGUUCCCCAGUUUCAGAAUCAGCUCUUUGUACCCCAUCAUCACCUAAGUAUGACAACAUGAUCUUGAGAGACUACUCUCAAAGUUCUUCCUCAUUGUGA